AUGUCUCUCCUCCCCGACGCCCCGGGUUCAACCAUCAUUCAGCAUGCACUGAACUCCUUUUACUAUGCGACAAUUAUCUAUUUCCGCCGAACACUACGCCGCUUACCGUUGUACGAAGUCCAAGAACUCGUCGAGAAAGCAGUUCAAGAAUUAGAAGCAGUGGACACACUCAAGAAUGACAAAGGAGGUUGCGCCUACAACUGGGCCAGUUUCGUCGUUGCAGCCGAGUGCCAGCGACCAGAUUUACAGAGUCGCAUGCUUACCUGGUUCGAUCGCAAGAGCCAGAACGGUAUUCAAAAUGUGGUCAUACUCUGUGAGAUUGUCAAAGCGCUUUGGCAAAGACGCGAGCAAGCCAAAGGCCGGGAUGUACAAUGGCAGGAAAUUGCCAAGGAAGCGGACUUUGAUAUUAUGCUUGUAUAA